AUGAGCUUCUUUGGGAGAGUACGCUUGAGCCGCGCCGUGGCUCAAGGAAGCACUGUCGGGGCGUUGAGGCGAACAAGUGGGUCGCCCUUGUGGGCCAGGUCUCGUCAAGGCGCCGGCUGCGCGAGAUAUCCCGCUGCCGCUGGCCCUACCCCCUGGCUUGCACCAGGAAGGGCGAUCGCUGCCAGCGCGGUGGUACCUUCUGCCCCGCUGGUGACAAUGGUACCGUGGGUACCGGCGCCACUCCAACCCCUGAUGGACAUGCUCCAUCCCAUCAUGAUCAAGGACCGACGCCCACUCGAGUUCUUGGGCAUCAGCACUGUAACUAACGCCGGUUCCCUGUGUGGGCAUCUCAGUUUCGCAAUCCUCACGGCCGCUUACCUGGAAACGGACGUCCUGACGCUAAGGGUCCUAGUGCUAAGCGGUUCCACCCUGAACAUCAUGUUCAACAUGUUUCGGGUUGUGGGGCCCCCAGUGUGGAUCCCCAUCAAGUGGAACGUCGGCUUCCUGGCGCUUAACGCCGCGAUGGUGUGGCUGCUGAUGAACGAGAGAGAAGAAGCAGAGGAACUCGGGAAGGACCCCGAACAGGCGAGGAUCUUCCGAGAGAUUUUCAUGCCGACCCAGCUAAGCCCCGUGCAUUUCUUGCGACUCAUGGACGUCGCGGAGCGCCGUGUGAUGCUCAAGGGUAACGAUCUCAACCAGGAGGGCAGGCCGCACGAGGAAGUGUUCCUCAUCGUCGAGGGCACCGCCGAGGUCAAGUCGGAAGGUGUGGUGGUGUGUCACCUCGCGUCGGGGGGGUUCGUCGGGUCCAUGGCCUUCAACCGAUUCAUCAAGACGCCAUCUCCGACUUCUACCAAGAAGGCCGGAGAAGGUGGCUCCUCAUACAGAGAAGGAGGCAUCUUCACGCAGGCGUGGGAGGUGUUUCUGUACCAGCUGCGAAAGCAAGGCUCUAUCGUGGGAGAGGUGGGCCAGACCUUCGUGGGGGACAACACCAGCAGACGGCAGGACAAGUCAGGGAUGGAGCGCUCAAGCAACACUAUCACAGCUACCUCUGACGUUGUAGCCUACGUUUGGGACAUGCACGUCCUCCGGGAGUUCGUCAAACGCCGGCCCAUGAUAGGCGCGUCUCUCCAAAAGGCCAUAUCGGUUGACCUUGCGAACAAGGUCAAUCAGUCUCGGGAUCACAAGGAGCAUUACCGACAAUUGCUCGCCGAGGCCUUGGACGGAGGGCGGGUUACCUCCACUGAGAGGAGGAACUUGCAGAGGUACCGCGGGGGGCACCGCAUUUCGGUUGCGGAGCACAGAGAGCGACUGAAGGAGCACGGCUGGACUGAGGAAGAUUUCGAAGCGGGUUUCCAGGAACUCGCUGCCCCGAAGGACAUGUCGAAGGAGAACUUCCUCAAGUACGAGGCCUUGCUCAAGAGCGAGCUUGACACGGGAGAGGUCAAGCCGGAGGCGCGGUCGAACCUGCGAAAAUUCCGCUCUCAGGCCGGCAUCGACGCUCAGGAGCACCUAUUGGCCAUCGAGAAGCAGGGCUGGACAGCAGACGAGUACGAAAUCGGCGGGAGGGCCUGGGCAGCCGAGAAGUACAAGGCCGGGGGUACGAGCACGCCCGCCGACAACUACUUGGAAGAAUCCUCUGACAACGGCAACGGCAACGAGCGCACGGCGCAAGAAUUUGGCUUCGAGCCGGCCGGAAGCACGGAGAAGGAGCGCUACCGCUUCUUGCUCGUGGAGGCUCUCGGGGGUGGCAUGGUUGAGCCGGGAAAGAAGCGAGAGCUGAAAAGAUACCGCGAGCUGCACACGAUCUCUGCGAAGGAGCACAAGGAACUGCUGGCUGAACACGGGUGGAACGAGGAGGAGUUCGAGGCGGGUUUCCACAAGGAGUUGGCCUCCACGUUCUUCCAGCAAUACGUGGCCUUGGUACAGCGCGAGCUUCAAAAGGGAGAGGUGAAACCGAAGGCCAAGUCGAACCUUCGAAACUUCCGCACGAGCCUGAACAUCGAUGCCCAGGAUCAUCUCCUCGCCGUCGAGAAGCAGGGCUGGACGGCGGACGAGUACGAGGCUGGGGUGAAGAUGACGAGCAAGGACGGCGACGCCAAAAACCAGAGCCAAAUCGGCGGCGCUCUCAUACGAGCUGAGACCGUAGGCCCGAAUGCGGAGGUUGAAGACCUACAGCUCGGCAGAUACUAG